AAUUUGUCUAACGCACACUGAAAAAUUCUUUGCCACUUGCACUAUGUAGAAUAAGCAUAUUUUUAAGGUUUUUAUUGAAAUCAAGAAACAUUUUUUAUCCUAACAAUUUGAAUCUUUGGUCUUAAGAAUUCUGGAAAUUUCAUUUGGGGCCAAUUGGUGUUCACUGUUACUCUUACUACUUGAAUGGUGGCUAAGUCGAAACAGGAAAAAGGAAAGCAACAUGAGUAGUGUAACUCAUGAGAGUGCAGAAACGAACAAUGGUAUGAAGAAGAAUCGAGAGAAUCAUAAACAGCAACUGUCCAGAGAUGUCAUGCUGGGUAGUGAGCUAUGGACAGAUGGCCUUCUUUGUGCCUUUGAAUUUGUCCGUGGCCAACGAAAGACAAAUGGCUCGAGAUUGACUGAACGUUAUGCUGCCAGGGCACCUAAAAAACCACCAUUAUCUAAAUAUGAGAGUAAUUUCUCACCCCAAGAUGUUGACAAGGAUCUCUUUAUAGAAGAACCUUAUUGUACAACAGAAAGGUCUCCUGGUAAUUACUGGAUACCGAUAGGCUGGGCUAGAAUAUCUGAGCUCCUUCAGACAGUGCAUAUCGAUAGUGGUUGGGCGUCUCAGCCUGUUGAUUUUAUGGAUGAGGAAGAUGAUGAUGUCACUGUAGCAGGUGUUGCAGCUCCAUACUGGCAACGUGCGGUGGGACCAACUUGGUGGUGUCAUGUAGCUGCAGGUCACCCUUCCGUUAACGCAUGGUUGAACAAUGCUCAGUGGCUACAUCCCGCCAUAAGUAUUGCCUUGCGAGAUGAAAGCAAGCUGAUCAGUGAACGUAUGAAGCACCUUCUCUAUGAGGUGCCAGUUAGAGUUGCUGGUGGAUUACUGUUUGAGCUCUUGGGGCAGUCAGUUGGUGAUCCUUAUGUUGCAGAAGAUGAUAUUCCAGCUGUGUUACGAUCGUGGCAAGCACAGAAUUUCUUGUUAACUGCAUUGCAUCUUAAAGGAUCUGCGCCAAACAUCAAUGUGAUCGGCAUUUCAGAAGUCCAGGAAUUACUCGCUGCGGGUUCUUGUAAUGUCCCACGAACAAUUCAUGAGGUAGUAGCACUCUUAGCUUGUCGCCUGGCCCGGUGGGACGACAGGUUAUAUCGGAAGUAUAUUUUUGGGGCAGCUGAUGAAGCUGAACUGAAGUUCAUGAACAGGAGAACCCAUGAAGAUGUGCAGCUGUUCAGUGUAAUUUUGAAUCAAGAGAUUAGAAGGCUGUCAACACAGGUUAUAAGAGUAAAAUGGUCUUUACAUGCAAGAGAAGAGAUCGUAUUCGAGCUUCUCCAACAUCUUAGGGGAAAUGCUGCAAGGAGUUUGCUUCAAGGAAUAGUAAAAAGUACAAGACAAAUGAUUGAAGAGCAAGAAGCGGUUCGUGGCCGCUUAUUUACAAUUCAAGAUGUCAUGCAGAGUACUGUCCGUGCGACAUUACAGGAUCGGAGCCUUCGAGUCCAACAUAAUCUAGGAGUUUUUGGGGGCUGUGGACUUGUUCUUUCUAUUAUCACCGGACUCUUUGGGAUAAACGUCGAUGGAAUUCCUGGAAACGAGGGAUCCCCAUAUGCAUUUGCCUUUUUUUCUCUUGCCCUCGUCUUGCUAGGAGCUGGUUUAAUUGCUACAGGAUUGAUCUAUCUUGGACUGAAAAGACCAUUCGUUGAGGAGCAGGUCCAGGUGAGAAAACUAGAGUUACAAGAACUCGUCAAGAUGUUCCAGCACGAGGCCGAAUCGCAUGCUCAGGUUCGAAAGGAUGGUUCAGGAGCCAAGAACCCAGUUGUUCCUGCAGGCAUAAUGUCAGAUGGAGACAAAUAUGUUUUCAUUAGUUGAUAAAACCAUAGAGAUGCCAAGUCUUCCAUACUGCAUUUUGUAUCUUGUUACAACUGGUAGAAGGAAAAGAAAAGUAGCACAACUGUUAACUGCAUGGAUAGAAUACUUCUGCUGCUUCAUAAGUUGAAUGUACAGGGACAUCCUUAGUUGUUCUGUUUGUUCUGUUUAUAUGACAAAAGGCAGAAAGCAGAUGUAGUUCCAGACACAGAAUCCACCAAAUUAUUCACAAGAGGUGUCAAUCUUUGUUGGUUCCGGAUUCACUCA